UCCCAUGCUAGCAUAACCUCGCAGCAUCUUGGCAUGAUUGUGAGACCAGUCCAACCAGAUAAUACCUAUAAGCAACUCAUGAAACCAUGAAAAUCCUUAUAUUGCCAUAACCAAAACAAAGUGCACGCACGGCGGUUUAGCGCGUAGUGUAUCGGUGCAUUUUAGUAGGUCUCGUGGUGGUGCAUGUGGUGGCGUGUUUUGCGUUGAUGUUGACUUGCCUGCGUGUUUUCUUACGGCGCCGAAGUUCAAUUCGCGCAAAUCCCGCGCUCCCCUGCUGUCAUGGCUUUAGUUUAUCUCGCGUAAUCAUUACUUCUAAAGUUCCUGACCCAAGGAUGCGAGUCUUGAAUGUGGCCGAAAAAAAUGAUGCUGCCAAGAAUAUUGCAGAACUCUUGUCGCAAGGGCGGCAUCAGCGACGCGAAGGACUGUCGAAAUACAACAAGAUCUACGAGUUUGAUUACAGAAUUUUCAACAGCACUUGUAGAAUGGUCAUGACGUCUGUGUCGGGACAUUUGUUGAACCUGGAUUUUGUGAGUAGCUACAGGAAAUGGCAUUCAUGUGCUCCAUCAGAGCUCUUUGAUGCCCCAGUUGCAGAGAUGUGCCCCGACCAAAAAUAUGAGCUUAUUAAGCAAACACUGGAGAGAGAAGUAAGGUACUGUGACACACUUAUUAUUUGGACGGACUGUGACCGAGAAGGCGAGAACAUUGGUUUUGAGAUCAUUGGCGUCUGCCGGAAAGUGAAGCCAAAUCUGAGAGUAUACAGAGCUCGGUUCUCUGAAAUCACACCUGCUGCAGUGACACGUGCGGUUGCCAACUUAACUGACCCUGAUGCAAGGCUCAAUGCAGCGGUUUGUGUGCGCAGAGAGCUUGAUCUCAGGAUAGGUGCUGCAUUCACUCGGCUGCAAACUCUUCGGCUGAAGCGAGAGUUUCCACAAGAGCUAGGCGACCGUCUUGUCAGCUAUGGUAGCUGUCAGUUUCCUACACUUGGAUUUGUAGUUGAGAGAUAUCGAGCCAUCCUCAACUUUGUUCCAGAGCCUUUCUGGAAAAUUGAAAUGUGUCACGCGAAGGAUGGUAUAAAAGCAGAGUUUUUGUGGAAACGGCAUCGGUUGUUUGACUACCACGUCUGUUUCCUGCUGUAUGAGCGGUGCCUACAUGGGAAUCCGCCUCAAGCAAAAGUGAUUGAAGUCAAAAGUAAACCAAAGUCAAAAUGGCGACCACAACCUAUGGACACUGUGGAGCUGGAGAAACUGGCAUCCAGGAAACUGCGUAUGACAGCCAAGGACACUAUGCAAGUGGCGGAAAAGCUCUAUACUGAUGGCUUCAUUAGCUACCCACGAACUGAAACCACCAAGUUUCCAGCUGACCUCAACCUGAGCCCUCUCGUGGAAGCCCAAACACAGGACCCACGUUGGGGAGAUUUUGCACGUCGCCUUUUGCAAGAUGGUUUGACUCCACGGCAGGGCUACAAAACAGACCAGGCUCACCCACCUAUUCAUCCAGUCAAAAGCGCCCUUAACCUGGAGGGCAAUGCUAAAAGAGUGUAUGAGCUUGUGGUGCGCCACUUCCUUGCUUGCCUUUCCAAGGAUGCCGAAGGGAAGGAGACCACUGUGGAAGUAGAUCUCGGUGGUGAACAUUUCAUUGCCACUGGCCUUGUCAUAUUUGCCCGAAACUAUUUGGAAGUCUACAUAUAUGACAAAUGGAAUGGAAAGGAAAUUCCAGGGUAUCAGGAAGGGGAGUGUUUUGUUCCAGACACUGUCAAGAUGGCUGAAGGGGAAACAACACCUCCGCCUUUGUUGCGGGAGGCUGAUCUGAUUGCUCUGAUGGAAAAGCAUGGCAUAGGCACUGAUGCAACCCAUGCAGAACACAUUGAGACAGUAAAGAACCGGCUCUAUGUGGCUUUGACAGGUGACGGGUACCUAGUUCCUGGUGAACUUGGCAUGGGAUUGGUUGAAGGUUAUGAUUCUAUGGGUCUUGAGAUGUCAAAGCCUCACCUGAGAGCAGAAUUGGAAGCUGACCUUAAGAAAAUAUGUGAAGGCAGAAAAAAUGCUAAAGAUGUACUAAGGCAUCAGGUGAAUCUCUACAGGGAUGUCUUUUACGACUCAGAACGACAGAUAAAAAAAUUGGGGGAAGCUCUCAAAAGGUACCUGGGCACUGGACAGCGGAGUUCUUCUCCAGGACCCAGACAAAACAGUGCACGAGCAGGCUCUAACAGGGACAGCAACAACUCUGCUGCUCAACCACAGAAUCGACGGGGAGGUGCCACAGGUGGCGGUGGUCGUAGAUGUGGAAUUUGCAAUGAAGAAGGACAUGAUCGACGACGCUGUCCACAAAGGCCUUCAUAAGGUGUUCUUAGUUGGAAGCAUGCAGCACACACUUGACAAAUCUCGUUUUGAUCGAGAAGCUGCUAAAGCAACUGUUAUAGAUCUUUACACCAGUUUUAGUGUCGUAGCUUACGAAAGCUCCUGCAGAAUUUUUACCCUUUUACUAAUAUAGCUUUGAGAAUAAAUUCCAUAUAUUUAUUCUA